CCCUGCUCCUGACGCCGACCACUCGCACCGAUACCAGGGCGCAAGCGCGAGCAGCCGCCGGACCGACGAGCUCACUGCGCAGGUGCAGACCGCCGGUGUUCCGAUCGUUCACCCCGCAUGCGCGCCUGUCGCUUCGAGCCAGAGGGUGAAAGGUCGCGGCCGGUUGGACUUUCGCAGCGAUGGUGGUUUCUGCGCUGUUUGCUUGUGCGGCUUCGCGGCUGGCCAGGACUUUCAAUGGGUUCCCAGCGGACUGCCUUGUGCGAGGAAAGCACAGUUCUUGUGAUGUGGCCAUUGUUGGAGGCGGAAUUGUUGGACUGGCGUCUGCUAGAGAACUUAUACACCGGCAUCCUAAAUUGAGCUACAUCUUACUGGAAAAGGAAAAGGAAUUGGCUUUCCAUCAGAGUGGACACAAUAGUGGGGUUAUUCACAGUGGAAUUUACUAUACUCCAGGGUCUUUGAAGGCCAAACUUUGUGUGCGAGGUGCUGAACUAAGCUAUGCAUAUUGUCAGGAGAAAGGUAUCCCUUAUAAAAGAUGCGGCAAACUUAUUGUUGCUGUUGAACAAGAAGAAAUCUCAAGACUAAAGGCAUUGUACAAACGUGGACUGCAGAACAACGUCCGAGACCUGAAACUUAUUGCUGCAAAGGAAAUUCAGGAGCGAGAGCCCUAUUGUAGAGGUUUAUUGGCUUUAGAUUCUCCAAACACAGGAAUUGUAGAUUGGAGAGAGGUGGCCCUGUCAUAUGGAAAAGAUUUUUGUGAAAUGGGUGGAACUAUUAAAACACAAUUUGAAGCAACUGACUUUCAGCUAACUAAGGAAAGUCCUGAAGGCUCCACAGAUGGUCUAAAAUAUCCAAUUGCAAUCAAGAGUUCAAAGGGCACCAGUUGCAGUCUAAAUCAACAGGAUGAAAUGAAUUUGACUAAGAGGAAAAGCAGCUGA